UUUACAUUUUUAUUUCUCUAAAACUCGUCCAUGUCGAUCAUUAUUAUGAAUGGUCAAUAUAUUGCCGAUUUAGAAAAUAUAGUUGUAGAUUCUAAAUUUAUAAUGACGAAGAUAUGAUUAUUUUGAAAACAUUGAUGUAAGCGGCUUAGCAAUGGACGAAAGUGACGAAAAAGAAGACAUUCAAAGUGAACGUCUUAAGUACCAGUUGCUGAUCGGACUGAAGACGACUGUGGAAGGCUUGCUGUCGACCAACCCGACCAAUGUCUGGGGAAUGUAUGGCGGGCUUCCACGACUAUGCAAGCACAUGGACAGUAUUCUCAAUCACCGCCUGAAGAUGGUUGUGGGUGACUAUGGAAGCACAGUUGAUUAUUGGCCCUUUGUUAAGGGCCUGAAGUGGCUCAACCCUGUGAUGACCCCUUUCAUUGAGAAGAUCCGAAAGGGCCAUUAUCCCAAAGGGGAUAGCAAGGGUCAGGUUUGGGUGCGGGAGAGUCUCAGGGAACAUAAACUUUCUAUGCAGUUGAAAGUUUUGGUCAGCAAUGAACAGCACAUGUAUAGACAUUAUUUUGAGGAUGCGUUCCUGUUCAAUGCGGACUACUUCAAGGCCAUGUGCCUGUGUCUGCAGGCAGUGGAGGACAACAGAGUGUCCCUGCUGGCAGACAUUGACCCCAAACUGCUUAACUUCAGUGCAGCCAGGGUAGUUCCAACUCAUAUAUUUCGCCGAACCUCGUUGCCGAAGUCUUCACCAAACAAGCCGACCUCCUCAAAAAAAAUUGGCUCAAGAGUGAAGAGCAGUGACCUGUCAGCACUUGCACCUCAUUUUGUAUCUCCAAGCAGGGAGAGCUUGUUGUCUUCCUCAUUAGAAAAUGCAGUUUCAUACAAUCUUGGUUCUAGCACCAGCCCUGAGGACAAUCAGCAGCUGGCCAGGGAGGCUCUGCGAACGGUCCUGAAAAAGUCUGGUUCCAUCUCAGACUCCCUGGAGCGCCCCAGUCCUAACCACGCAUCAGAAUUCGACCUCUACAAGAGCAUUAAUGAGGACCCUCUUUCAAACUUAGCAUUGCUAAAGGACGAUUCUGGAGGGAGCAAUCUAGAACCUUCUUUGCAAGUUAUUAAGGUGAAAAAGAUUAAUCUGACAAGAAGUGAGUCUGAAAGUGGAGUUGCUCGGAAAGUAAAGAGUCAGAGAGCGGCGGAAAUGGUUGAGAAAAUCAUACACGAAGAUAAUGUAUUUUCUCUGUCAAAAUCAACGGAAACACUUGUGGCUGGAGCGAGUUCCAAGAAGAUCAGGUUUGAAGAUCCUGUAAGAGAUAUCUUUUCUGAUUCGGAGACUGUUGAAGCCAAGGGAAAGCUAAAUGGGGAUAAGCAAAAGAGAGUCAGACCAACCCAUAAGAGGUCAAGGUCAGAUAUUAUCGGUGGGAAAAACUUAGCUUUACAGAAGGAAAUCCUCGAGGAUGAUGAAGAAGCAAAACCGAAUGCAAAUUCAAAUGGAAAUGCAGACCACGUGGACGGAAAGCCAGAUGGGAUGUUCUCUGUACCUCAGCAGGGGCAGUCAAUCCUCAAUUAUCUCUCACAGCAGGAAUUCCAUACAUGUGCAAAUCUGGAGAAGGAGAAUGCCCAUUUCAGUAUCUGCGAAGCACUUAUAGCGGCCAUUGAGCAGAUGAAGUGGAAUCACCUGAUAUCUCCGAGUCGGGGGGCGUGGGAGGAAGUCGUGGAGGAAGAGAGUGACGAGGAGAUCAAGCAGCUUCAGCAGAGGAUUAGACUGCGCAAACGGCAGAAAAUGAAGGAGAAAGCCCGGGGAUUUCCAGUCUUGAUUGAUGGCAGAACAGACAGUACCACAACGAGUCACAGCCCAUCAGCCUCGCCAUUCUCAUCGCAACACGACAGCGAAUACUCAGACAGUGAUUCCUCCAGUGGAAAUGAUGAUGGGCAGAUUGAGCUAACAAUGGACGAAAGUCAGAGUAACUUGACCACCCUGAAGAACAGUGGACUGUCCCUCUCUAUGGCUUCCAUGUUCUCUGACGCAGACCUACAGAAGGGCAACAGGGCAAUCCUGAAUUAUGACUCAGUGCAGGAAAGCGGAUCUCUUCUCUCGGCUGAGUCUGUCGCCAUUUCCCUCCUGAAGAAGUUCUCGCAUCAUGAGUUGCCGAAAGCGUCCGACCUUCAUUGGCUUGUAACAGAGCAGGAGGCACCGCAAAGGUUGCUGCCACUUCCCAACUCAUACCCAGUGUCGCCGGAUGAUGCAGACGCUCUCACAAAAGGACGCGGGGCAGUGAAAGUGCCUCGACUGCGCGGCAACAUGGAGUGGGCACCUCCCCGAGCCCAGAUCAUUUACAAUAGCCACCCUUAUUCUAGUCGUACAACGCUGCUGAUAAAGCAGAAUUACAGAUGUGCAGGCUGUGGCAUGAAGGUUGAACCAGGCUAUGCCAAGAACUACCGAUACUGCAAGUACCUGGGGAAAUACUUCUGCCACAGUUGCCAUAGUAACCAGCUCUCCAUGAUACCUGCCUGUAUACUCCACAAGUGGGACUUCACGAAGUACUAUGUGUCGAACUUCGCAUAUGACUUGUUGGCAAAGAUCGCGGACGAACCGGUUUUCAAUAUAUCUGAUAUUAAUCCAAUGCUCUACAAGAAGAAAGCGUACCUCACUCAUAUUAAGGACUGGAGAACGCAGAUUAGACACCUGAAGUCACUAUUGACUCUAUGCAAGCAAGCAACUAGCCUUAUGGAAGAUAUAAACAGACUUCCACGUUACUGGCUGGAGGAUGUGCAUCUGUACACACUCAAUGAUCUCAUAUCGAUGAAGUCUCGGACCACAAGCCAAGUGUAUAUUAAACAGAGACAGCUGGCUACUGACGGGAUAGACCAUGUGGAAAAUUGUAGUCGUUGCCAAAACUUUGGUUUCUUUUGUGAGAUGUGUGGGGACCGCAAUGAUAUACUUUUCCCAUAUCAGCUGGAUAAAGUGAGCAUUUGCCAAGGUUGUAAAACAUGUUUCCACAAGACCUGUUUCGUUCCACUGAAAUGUCCAAAGUGUGCACGUAUUCAGGCUCGACAACAGCGCUUGAAGGAACUGAGUUCUGAUGACCUAGAGGAGAUGGAAAAGACUACCUGAUAGUUCUAUUAUGUGUGAUAUGUUACUCCGCCAAAAAUCUGUGAUAACCUUUGUAGGCAUGGUAUUUUGUUGAUAUUUUAUUUUAUGCUUUCCAGUGGUUUAUAGUGAAAUAUGAGUGAAAUAAAACUGAUGAUUUACUGUUUCAAACAGCGAAAAUUAACAAUAAAAGUUUUCAAUAAUUUUCACUUUUAUACUGUGAAAUUACGUUGUUUUCAUGACGUUACAACAUUAUUUCAGCAAAAAUACAAAAUAUAAUCAUUUGUAAGCAUAAAAUAAAAAGUAAACUUGUUGUAUUUGGUGCGCCACUAGUGAAAAUGUUCUUUUUUAUGAUCACUUAUUGUGAAUUAAAAUCAAUAUUCCACCAAAUCCAACAAAUUUCCUCUAUUUAAUAGGAGAAUGCUUCUCAAGCUGCCAUGUAGGAACCUUUUGUAUCAGAUUAAGGCAUUUUAUAUUCCUAUAAACAUAUCUUUAAGGUAUUUCACUCAUAGUAAAUUCUGCAAAAGAUAAGCCUUACAAACACGCUAUAAUUUUUAUUUUUUUUUAAGAAACCAAAUAGGCAAAAUUGCAUUUUUUUCCCAAAUUUAAGUGCUUUUCACAUUUCUGUGUUACACACAUCAUAACAUAUCAAACAUAAGCUUCAGUAUAAUUUGGGGGAAAAUUGUGUUUUAAGGCCCAGAGUCUCAUUACUGUCCAAAAUCAUGAGAUAUUAUUGAGGUUUUUUUUAAUAUUUGAUGUGUAAGUUUCCAAAAAGAAUUGUAGAUUUUGUUUGGGGAAAAUAUAUAUUUUACAACUUACAAUUGGAAGGCACGCAUCAGUUUGAUCUUGAUUUCAUGGCACCUACAAUCCAUUACCCAUACCAAGGAUGGUAUUUAUUGUUUUAAAACAUGAAAAUUUUAGAAAACCUCAUUUUCUUCCCAACAACAUACCGGUCUGUUGAAGAUGUACCCAGCUUGAAUUGCAUUUAGGAUAUUUUAGAUAUCAUUAGUAUUAGUAAAUAUAUACCAGAUUUACUCACAUGCAUAUAUUGUUGUGCAUGUAACAGUAAAAUUGGAAGACAUUUAACUGCUGUCAUAUUUUUGAAUGAGAAACAUUUUGAAAUUUUAUUGAUUUCAAUUUUGUGUGCAAUAUUGUUGUUUUUUAUUUUUGAUGCAAAUACUUGAAAAGCAAUAAAUAUCACGAACAAUUUAAAUAACAUUGUAAAUAUUGGCAUAAAAUGUCAUUGUGCUUAUGUUUUGUUAUGAAAUGAGUGUCCUGAAAAAUUGUUUUGUUGAAAGAUUGUUGGUCCCUCUUUCUGUCAUGUUUAAGUGCCUUACUUUGUGUGCCGUCUGCAGCUCACACUAUUUAUAUAAAUAUACAUUUUGUAAAUUCUUUCUGUCAAUUUGUCAUUAAUAAUUUUAUAGACAAUCUUGAUGUCUUUACAGUACUUCACUUAGUUGUCUACUUUCUUAAAAUAAAUGUGUUGUUUAAUCCAAAAUAAUGGCUUACUACAUUGGAAUUUGUAAAUUAUAUUUAAUAUGGUUGUAUAGUUUUACCCAAAGACAUACAUCUAAAGCCUUAUCAUUUAUACAUGUAUUUAUUUGGAUACAAAUAAAAUUAUUUACUUUUGCAAUAUACAAAUAUUUACUCUCUUAGUUUUUUUUCAAAUAUUUGUGCUCAUUUCACAGGUUUACUCAUGCAUAUUAUGUACCCAAGAACGAAUUACAGAAAAAUUGUUAAUUAUAAAAUCAAUUUAAACAA